CCCGCCGCUAGUUUGCUGGGAGCGACGUUAUUGCUGAGCAACGGAGGGAGAGAAGGCCGACGCGCACAGCCAGACUGAACUGCAGCAACGGCAGGGCUGGGCUCUACACACACACACACACACACACCAGAAAGGAAAAGGGAUGGCCUAGCUGUGUUGUGUCGGCAGUCUAUCAGCAGUGAGCUACCUGGACCAGAGGUGUGUACCAGAGGCAGCAGCAGGUUGCAGCAAUGAGUGUGACCUCCUGGUUCCUGGUGAGCAGCGGGGGGACUCGCCACCGACUACCCCGGGAAAUGAUCUUUGUUGGCCGGGAUGACUGCGAGCUCAUGCUACAGUCGCGCAGCGUGGAUAAGCAGCAUGCAGUGAUCAACUACGAGGCUGGGACUGACGAACACAAGGUCAAGGACCUGGGAAGCCUGAAUGGGACCUUUGUAAAUGAUGUCCGCAUCCAGGAGCAGAUGUACAUCACUCUGAAGUUGGAGGACAAGCUGAGGUUUGGAUAUGAUACCAACCUUUUCACGGUGGUGAGAGGAGAGCUCACUGUGCCUGAGGAGGCUCUAAAGCAUGAAAAGUUCACCAGCGGCCUCCAGCUGAGCAAGAAGCCAUCCAGCGGUGAAAGCACUACAACCACAACCACAAGCAAGUCUCCCACUAAGACCCCAACAAAGACACUGAAGUUAGCCAGCGGCAGCACACAGAGGCCGGUGGAGAGUAGAGCAACAGACGGGGUCACUUCUUCCAAAGAGCCAACAGCUAAACCACUGGACGCUCACAAAGCAGAGGAGAGGUUAGGAGGGGACGUUACAGCGCUGCCUCGUGGGACCCCCCUGUAUGGCCAGCCGUCUUGGUGGGGGGAUGGGGAUGCAGACGAUGAGAACUCAUUUAAACAGGAAACAGGAAAGUCAUCCAACAAGAAACAUGACAGCUCCAUUUCAGACAGCAAAGAGGCACGUCGAGGGGAGAAAGCUAAAGAGGACGGCCUUCAUGCGUCCGCCGCCCAUGAUUCCAGUUACUUUGAGAUCCCUACCAAGGAGGGUCACAUGGCGAAUAACGGCAUCCAUGAGAUUCCCACCAAGGACACAGAGGGCACCACCACUCACACUAGCACCACUACAGCUCAAGGUCACGCCUCCUUCACCAUAGAGUUUGACAACACUUCUCCUGGGAAAGUCACCAUUAAAGACCACGUGUCAAAGUUCACACCCGACCACCACAGAUCUCGCUCUAAGAAGAGUGGAGCAGGAAGUGGAGGAGCAGGAGGAAGGGACUUGAGCACUCUGCAAGCCGCUAUGAUGGCAUCGGAGAGCAAGGUGGCAGAUUGGCUGGCCCAGAACGACCCCACGCUGGUGCGUAGCGAGUCAACGGAGGACGACAGCAAGAGCAACAAGAGCAUCAAGAGUGACGUGCCAGUCCAUCUCAAAAGGCUAAAAGGCAGCAAGCAUGAAGAUGGCACCCAGAGUGACUCAGAGAAUGGAGUGGGCCUGCGUUUCGCCAACCGCCGCCACGCCCUCGAGGAACGCCUAAAGGCAGCACACGGCCACGUGGGAGGAGGAACAGGAGGGGGGAGCAUAACAGUGAGCGGGACCAGGGCAACCAGCUCCCGUACUGCCUUUAUGAUCGAGUUCUACGACGAGGAAAACCCCCGCAAGCGUCGGUCGUAUUCGUUUUCCCAGACUGCACCCCUGCAGGUUGGAGGAGCUGGCGGGGAGGGACUGUUUCCCCAGCCUCCCUCUCAUCCCAAGGUGUUCAGCAUUUCCACCUCUGCCACUACAGCCUCAGACGCAGGUAAGGUCCCAGCUCCAAUAUCGGCUACAGUGGCUGCAGGUGCCCCUACGGCUGCCCGCGUCCUUCUCAAGCAGAGGUCAGAGGACCCGAGUAUUGGUCGCAGCUCAGCCAGUACCGGGCUGGCGACCGGUAGCCCCACCAGCCCCAGCGAGGACGCCUCGGUCGUGGGCAGAGGAGCGGGAACUGCUGGUGGGCAAGCAGAGGACGACCACAGCGAUAAGGGGACCUACACUAUCGAACUGGAGAACAGGAACGCAGAGGAAGAGGAGGCCAGGCGUAUGAUAGACAAGGUGUUUGGUGUGCAGCAGAACCAGGACUCCUCUAGUCUCUCAGACCUGAAAGGAGAAGGAAAAGGAAAGGAUACAGGAGAGACAGGGAAAGAGGCUAUUCCUGGUGACCCGAGCUGGGUCUCUCAGUGGGCCAGUCUAGCUGCCAAUCACACCAGGACCGACCCAGAGGGCUCAGGAGCAGAAACAGCCGCCUUCCUGCACAAAGAGAGAACUGAUGCCUUUGAGUCUGGUGCAUCCCUCAGCCGAGGUGAAUCCUCCUCCAGUCUGACUGACCGUAAGCGCAGGACCCUUCCCCAGCUCCCUGUGGAUGACCCCCGGGCUAAAUCCUGCACCAAAGGUCUGGGACUGAGGUCUGAGAUUGGGGAAAAACAGGACACUGAACCCCAGGAAAAAGAGAACAAGGGAGACGGGGAGUCCCCAACUCCCAUGGGCGACAGUGAGAUGACCAGUAAACGGAAACAAAGCUCCACCUCUUCUCCUUCUAAGGCUCUUCUCCGGACCUCUGGCAGCAGUGAGCGGAGGAAGAAGUCAGAGGAGAGGAAAGAAGGAGGAGGAGGAGGAGGAGGAGAAGAAGGAGGAGAGAAGUCUGGGAAGCCUCUUGUGCGCCAGGGCAGCUUCACGAUUGAGAAGCCCAGCGCAAAUGUCCCUGCAGAGCUCAUCCCACGCAUCAACAGAGGCGGCAGUGGGCGUGAACGCAGUGAUUCCGUGGGCAGCAUGGAUACCGCUACCCUCCUGAAGGACACUGAAGCUGUGAUGGCAUUCCUGGAGGCCAAGCUAAGAGAUGAAAACAAACUAGAGCAGAAAAGUAGUAAAACUGGCAUCAUCACUCACGGUUCAGGUUCUGGCUUCCCCACUCGGACUGACUCCAUCUCUCCUGAGUCAGAUGUGGACACGGCCAGCACAGCUAGUCAUGUGGCUGGAGAGGCAGAGAGGAAGGCAUCAGCGGGUGGCGAACAAAAACGACGUUCCUUCAGCAGCAUGCACCGGGAAAAGAGCAACAUGAGCACAGCUUCCAAGACCAGUGUCACUAAUGCAAGUGCCCGUGAACGCUUGGAGAGGAAGUCUAAAACAAGAACAGUGGAGACGACGAGCCGGACUGAUGCACGCCGCUCUGUUCAGCCAUCCUCUGCCACCUCCAGAGCACGCCAGCCUUCUCUGGAUCUCACGGAUGAUGACCAGACUUCUUCCUUCCCCAUCUCUGACAUCCUCUCCUCAGACCAAGAGACCUACUCUGGACCACUGGGGCAUUCCAAACUCGACAGCAGGUCUGCUAAAUCCUCCACCUGUGGAUCCUCCAAAACCAGCCGCACUCUCCAGGCAGCCACGACCUCCUCCCUGAACAAGCAGGCCUCACUGCCUCAGCCGCGCCCCACAAGAGCCUCCCUUCUCCGCCGAGCUCGGCUGGGGGAUACAUCUGACACGGAUCUAGCUGAUGCAGACAGGGUGUCUGUAGCUUCUGAGGUGUCCACCACCAGCUCCACCUCUAAGCCGCCAUCCGGUCGGAAGGGACUGUCACGGCUGGACAUGCUGGCUCAGCCGCGCAGGAACCGUCUGGGCUCCAUCUCAGCCCGCAGUGACUCAGAGUGUACAGUGACCCGGAGCUCUACCUCUUCACCCCGCCUGUCAGCUGAGACUGCUCUGCGUCUCGGCUUGCGCUCAUCAACACCAACAGAGAACAGGCUGACGCCCAGGAUGAGGGCCAACAGCGUGUCCAAACUGAAUGAGACCAAGACUAAAACCACUACAUCUGGAUACUGCUCGCCCACAGAGAGCUCUCAGCCCGAACCUGAGGGCGGUGAUGCGGAGGAAGAGCUGAUGGUGUCCAGUAGCAGCAGGUGGAGACGUCUGCCGCCGGAGUACGGUUCCACCUCAGAGGAAGAGUUUGGCUCCAACCGGAAUUCUCCAAAGCAAGGAGGACGCUCCCACAUACGGCCUCAUCACCUCGUCCCACAUCGCGGCUCGAGACUCAGCACCACCGCCAGCCCAGUUUCUGCCGUGGUGACGGGUCCGGGUGGAGUAGGGGUCAAACACCGCAUGAAAGAGCAAGAGGAGUACAUCAGGGACUGGACAGCACACAGCGAGGAGAUAGCCAGGUUGUUCCCAUGUGUGCGCAGGAUCAGCCAGGACCUGGCUAAGGACUUGGCCAUCCUGGCCCGUGAGAUCCACGAUGUGGCCGGUGAGAUCGACUCGGUCAGCUCAUCUGGCACCGCACCCAGCACCACCGUCAGCACCGCCGCCACCACCCCGGGAUCGGCCAUUGACACCCGGGAAGAGGUAGGCCCUGCACGUCCCACGCAGCCGGAUAUACAGGAGAGCAUGAGAAAGUUGGUGGAUCGGGUGUUUGAUGAAAGCCUCAACUUCAGGAAGAUCCCUCCUGUCAUUUCAACCAAUAAGGCACCAGAGAUCAACGGUAAGCCGGUGGAGCUCCGUCCCCGUGCUCCAGACAGCCUGGAGCCCCGAGCUCUGAGGAGACGCACCUGGAACCGAGAGGAGGCGGUAUUGGACAGCCUGCUGCUCAAUUCAGUUUCUCAGCUGUCCUCCAAGAUCAGACACUCUGUCGACAAAACAGCAGGAAAAAUAAGGAUAUUGUUUAAGGAUAAGGAAAGGAACUGGGAUGAAAUUGAGAAUAAACUGCGAUCAGAGAGUGAUAUACCACUCCUGAAAACCUCCAACAAGGAGAUCUCCUCAAUUCUGCUCGAACUAAAGAGAGUUGAGAAGCAGCUUCAAGUGAUCAAUGUGAUGGUAGAUCCAGAUGGGACUCUGGACGCCCUGGCCAGCCUCGGCCUGACCAGUCCCACCACCCCUACCAAGCCCCAAACCGCCAAAACAACCUCCCCCUCUGCCACGAGCCCUGGGUCUGUGCUCCCAGCCAAAGAAUCACUGCCGGGGAUCCUUCCUGGGCCCGGAGGAUCAACAGCUAGGGUUCAGGCUGCCUGUGCCAGCACAGAGGAGACUGCACGACAACCCAGCGUGGGUCUGGAGUUAACAGGAGUCGGAGGACUGCCCUUCAGCCGCGUGCGGCCAAGCGGGGAGGAGGCCAUCGCACAGAAGUGAGCAGAAAGUUUCCCUGAAAUCAACAUGAUGUGAAUAAACAUGAGUCUGGAUUGGAGUGCAGGUAGCUGGUGAUCCAUGUUCCCAACAAUGAAGCAGGUGUAUAAGUGUUACCAGACCUGUCAGGAAAUGAAGUGCUUCAACUGACCUUUAGACUCCACAGGCUAAACCCCAACUGAUGCAUCAUGGAAUACCUUCGAACGGAAACUGACCCAUGAAUGAUUUGGAUAGUCAUAUUAUGCGCUUUUCAACAGUACACUGUUCAUGCUUACUGGCCAACCUGACUUCCUAAUUGACUAAAAGCUGCCCGGCUGCCCUCUCAGAGGACAGAUCUCUGUGGUUGUACAGUCUCCACUCUCCGCCAGUCUUCUCCUCUUGCCUUCUCCAUGUGUCUGGACCCUACCUACACUAAGGACAUGCCUUAAAACACAUCCUUGAUAGUAGCAGCCCCUGUCCCCUCAAAUAAUAUACAACUUUUAAGACUUUAAUACAGUUCUUUCAGACAAACAGAAUGCAUUGUAAAAUAACACUUGCAAAAUGUUCUAUUUACACUAUGAUGAACUAUAACACUCUGCAAUGAUUUAUUAGCUCUUGUUAGUAUAAAGAAUAUUACAGUAGCCUUAAGUAACCACCCUGACACACCACACCGUCAUUCAGACAUGCUUUAUGUCUGAAACUGUUCACACAUCAAGCAGAAUUGCAGAUGUUUAAGAUAUUUCAUAAAUCUAACCGUCCAUUGGUGCAUCUCUCUACUGACUGAAAGGAUUUGUGGUGCCUCCUCAUCUUUGUGCUCCCUCACCCAUUAUGUUUUACUCUUCCCUUCCCUUCCUUUCUCUCCCAGUAGAAAAAGUAUUACAAAAGGUUUGUCCUCCAGUAGCAUGUACAGGACAGAGCUGAGAGCUUUCUUCCUGCAAGUUGGUGUCUGUGUUGAUCUUACUAAUAGUAAAUGGUAGUUUUACACAAUUGUAACAGCCUUUGGUAAAACCAAUGACCAUUUUCACUUAAUAGAAUCACUUACCAAAAUGAACAAGUGUUGUCAUAUUGCCAUCUAAAACAGUUGAGCCAUCUUGAAAUUCACCUGUUGUGUAAAAGCCUGAGAAUCUGUAUAUCAAAUAUGGUAGUUCAUCUCAUAUGUUUCACCUUCCUCUGAGGUUCACCUUUUUCUCUGAAUGUCAAAACAAGUUUUUGCAACAAAUCAAAGAUUCUUAUUUAAAAUAAUGAAACACAGUUUAAUCAUUGCUGCCAUAUCUUUUUUGGCCCAUGUGACAUGGCCUGUGAGAAUCAGUGCCCUUAGCUUUUUACAGUACAUCCACUCAAGUGUCCUAUAAUUUCCAAUUGGCUUUUUUCUACUUUUUCCAGUCACAGGGAUGUGACUUAUUUUUGAACUAGCAAUGAUGAGCAAAGAAAAUAACUGUUUAAACUAAAUAUUUUAUAAUAUUUAGAUACUGGUAUAGUAGAUAUUGUAAGCCUUUUACUUUUUUAUGUUUUGAGUCACCUCACAAAUUUUUUUAUUUUUUCUUUGUCUGGAACUAGCCAGCUUGAGCUCAUGUACACAAAACCUGAACAUGAAUAAGCUGCUGGAAUUGAUUUUAAUUAAUGUCUUGUCAAAGCAAACAUGGGCAACUUAGGAGGCCUUUUGUGGUUCAAAAUGUCUCUUUCAGGAACGUCAGUGAGUAGAAAUGAACAGAUCUUUGAAAAUAGGCUCAUCUAUUUUAUGAAUUUCGCUUGUAAUACAGCUUCAUAUCAGUGUAUAUAGGUGCAUUGUUCUAUUUACACCAAGGGGAGAAGUUCCAGCUUAUUAAUACUGUAGAAUUGCAAAGACAGUAUAGUAAACCUCUUGAAUUUGCUGCUUUUCUAGUUACUUUAUAGGGACUUACCAUUUUCUGAGUCUCUCUUCAGCUUAUAGUCUGUGUUCUAGCGUAAAAUGACUUUAAAGCAGUAUAUUAGUACUUAGAUACUCUUGCAAUAGUGAAUUUAGGUACCAGAAUACAUGUUCAUUUCCUUCUCUCUAUACUGUACUGUACAAUGUUUUUCAAUGCCUCAAAGUGCCCAUUUUGACUAUAGAAGGGCAUUGAUUAAAAGAAAAAAAGACAUAGAUGUCUAAAAGAAAUUCUCUUAUUUUGCACAUCAGAUUGUGGUGUUUCUUCAUACAGAAAUAGUGAAGAAGCAGUGAAAGGCUGCAUCAAAUGUGGUCACAUGGUUUGACAAAGAAUAUCACUUUGCCUGAUAUCAGAAGCGACUGCCUUGUCUCUCUGGAACUAUUCUGUCUGUACAAACGAAGCCUCUAAUCGUGUUACUUGUUUUGUUCUUUUUCUCCCCCCCAUCCCUUUUAAAAAAAAAAAAAAUGAAAUUAGGGGACUGUGAAUGCUAGGUACAUGUUUAUUUUUUAAAUUCUACAUGUGUCAUCUGAUCUGUGUUUUUUGUCAUUUUUGUAAAGAAAAACAAAACACCAUUUUAUUUAUUUUUUUUGUUUAAUAUUCUGUGGGAUGUUUCAUGAAUUUUAUAUUUGUUCAACUACCUGCAUUGUUUCUUACUGUUAAUAAAAGAGAGCCAUUCA